AUGCCAUUAUCUUUUACAUGGACAGAUAAAGCGUAUGAUUUUUCCAUGAGCAAUGGAAGUGAAGAAGAAAAGAUGGUUCAUUCUGAAUAUCACAGACCCAAAGAUUCGGAACUUGAUGAAUUUAAACCGCCUCCUUGUCAUAGCAGCAAAUCAGAACAGGAAAGAAGUGAAAAUUUUCCAAAACCAGCAUACAGCAGCGAAAGGAAAGAUUCGGAACUUGUUAGCUUUAAACCGACUCUUCAUCAUAGCAGCAAAUCAGAGAAGAAAAGAAGUGAAUAUUUUCCAAAACCAGCAUACAGCAGCGAAAGUCGUAUUCCUCAUGUUUCAGGCAAUGCACAUAUGCCACAGGAGGUUCGUGGAGAAACAGAUAGUACAGUUAACAUUUAUCAUCGCACUCCAAACGAAUAUAAAAAGAUAAACGUGAAACAAAAGUUACUAAUGAAGCGAUACGAUGAUCAACGACUUUACAUGCAUAUGACAAAUAAACUCGACCAAGAGAGGGAGGCAAAUUUACUACAAUUAGUUGUUGAACAAAAUAAAAAAAUAGAAAAACUUCAAGCCACAGUUAGAGAUUUUGGAGGUUUUAAACCGGAAUUGACCAAGUUAAAGGCAGAAAGAAACAAACUUCAACAUCAACAUAAUGAAGAGAAAAAAGAUAACGAACAGCGGAAUAGAAACAUCUUAGAACAAUUAGCAAACAACGAAAAACAGUUAGAAAAUUUAUCAGAAAAAGUAAAAAACAACGAACAGCAGUUUGAAAAUAUAUUAGAUAGAUUAACAAAUAACGAACAGCGGUUUGAAAAAAUGUCGAGACAACUUACACAAUUAGAUACAAAUACAAAUGAAGUGAAAGCCUUACACUCAAAAGUAGAUUCAGUAAAUCAAGCUCAAGCUGUCAUUGGCAAUAGUUUAAAACAAACAAAAGAUUUUAUCGAUACAGUAAAAACAGAAAUGAAGUCUGAUUUAGCAGAAGCAACAUCUCAACUAAAGGAAGGUCAGUCAAUCAUAUCCAAAGAUAUGCAGAGUAUGUGCAAUUUAAUACAGGAAGUUUUUUCUAAAAAGAGCGUCGAAACCCCUAAGAAAAAAAGAGCCAAGAAUCAUCAAUGUUGCAAUUAA